AUGGCGAGGGUCGCUCUCUUUCUGGUGCUCCGCCUGGCUGCCGCUGCAGAUCACUGGUUUGAGCUGGGCGAGAGGGAGGAUGAUCAGGGGCUUUCCUUGUUGCAGUCUCGGAGCAGGCAGCUGCCUUCGCCGACAUUGGACUGGGAGAUUGCCGACGAACCGCCCAGCACAAAUGUGUGCAACGGUACCAGAUACAAUCAGUCCGAGGAGAAUUGCUGCGGAGGGUUGCUAUACAACUUGACCACGGAGGGCUGUUGUGCAAACAAGACAGUCUAUGCCUUUGAUCUUCGUGGCUGCUGCAACAAUAAGCAUGUCUAUGUCUACGGAGAGGAGCCAUGCGUCAGUGUGCAACCGAGUGAGCUGGUUGCAGACUUCGACUGCACGGCAGACUGGCCGCCGACCUCCUACAGUGACUACUGGCGACUCUACUGCUCUGCAGAGAACCACAAGGUCUGGGCGAUGACGAAAUCCUGCAAGGUGGGGUGGGUCUCGGUCCAGCAAGCUAGCCUGGAGCAAGCUGAGGCACAGGCCUUGGAGACUUGCAACAAGAGGGCCGGAAUUUUCGACAAAGAGACAUGCACCGUCUUCGACAGGGAUGGCUCCGAGUGUAGGAGGCAGCGUUGCGGGGAUGAAAUCUACGACGCAUCUGUCAAGGCAUGCUGUGGUGGAAGCAUCAUCGAUCGUGUCACAGAGGGCUGCUGUGGUGAUGUUGUAUACAACACACAAACGGAGGGAUGCUGUAAAGGACAGGCCUAUCCCAAAGACUCUUACAGUUGCUGUGGCGAGCAAGUCCUUUACGACUCAAGGCUGGAUGGCUGCUGCUUGGAAGAUGGUCCGGAGGUGUACCGUUUGGGCAAGCAGAACUGCUGCCGGCAUCCGAAGGGUGUAUGCUCAAUCCGACCUGGCCAGUACUCGUGCUGCCUUUGA